AUGUUGGAGUCCCCUGUUAUUGAAGCAGAGGCUUCUCCAGAAAAAGAGGCCGAAAUUUGUCAGCCUGAUGAAGCUCACUCUGAGGGGGAACCUGGUUUUUCCCCAACAAUUGGUAUUAAAGCCGAAGGUAGUACAGUUAAUGGGACAGCAGAUGGAUCAACUUUUGGGAGCAGUAAGGAGUUAGAGGCAACAAAGAUAUGGCAUAUGCGAAUGGGGCAUGCUGGUGAAAAAUCUAUGCAAACUCUUGUCAAGCAAGGAUUGCUGAAAGGUAUAAAAGAAUCAGAGAAGAGUUCUUUCGCUGAGGGGGAACAAGACAUCAAUGAUUCAUCUUCCGAAAGUUCUAAAGAUUCUCCUCGGCCAACUCAUUUGAUCACUGCUGCAAAUAUUCAUGAUGAUGCUGACAAUACCUCCGAUAAGAUUCAUAAGGUAUGUGAAGAUAUUGUUGGUAAUGAAGAAGAGAAAAAGGAUAAAAGUGACUUAGAGAAGGAUGGACCAGAGCAAUCCCUACAGGAAUAUGGCUUAAAUGCAAUCCAAUAUGUUGAAGAUUAUGAAGACUCAGAAAGCGGGCAAGAAGGAAAUUGCCUCUCUUCGGAAACUCAUAAUGAGAUGGAGCAAACAUUGAAGAAGAACACUUUCGAGAUUAAUUAUCUCAACAAGACAUUCACCAUGUUUGAAAAGAACUUAUUCAAACGACAAACCGAGUUGAACGACUGCGACAGGGAAAAUAACAUUAAACUCCAUAAUGAAGAGGAUGGAAUAUCUCUUCUUCGAAAUCAAAUGGUUGAAAUUCAGGGGAAUAUGAGUCGAGCCGAUGCUAAGCGGUUAGAACAAAAUGAGUCCUUUGCAAGGAAGAUUCAGGAUGAGGAAGAUGCACAAGCGGCUUCUGAAAAAGAGCAGAAUCUUAUUACCCAGGGUGAUGACAAUAGCGGUAGAAGAGGUAGUGGUGUUUCAACUGGUACCAGAUCAAAGCGAAAGAAAACCGAUGAUGAAAGUGAUAGGCCAAACAAACGCGGUGGAGGUCGCAGAAGCGAUUGUGGUGGAAGAAGUGGUGGAAGAAGUGGUGUAAGCGAUCGUGGUGGAAGAUGUGGUGGAAGUGGUCGCGGUGGCCGCUCUUUCCCUCCUUUUCAUAACCUCCUUACUAUAGAAGAAUUCAGCGGUCAAGGUUUCCACUACCCACUUGAUCCACUCGUGAAAAGGGAAGAUCAAUAA